AUGACCCAAACACAGAAUCCCUUAAAAGACUAUUGGUCUACGGAGGCAUACGCAGCUGCGGCUUCUUUUGUCCCCCAUUUUGCUGACACCCUGAUCCAAAGUAUAGAAUUCAAUCCCACAGAUAGAGUUUUAGAUAUUGGAUGCGGUGAUGGCAAGUUUACCACUAGUUUUUCUCCCUUGGUCAAUUACGUUAUGGGCGUUGACUCUUCUCCGUCCAUGAUCAACACGGCCAAGACAUUAGACUACGGUGGAGCGGCCACAGAUUUCCGCGUUAUCGAUUGUCGGCAUCUUGAGGAUGAUGCAGAUAUCAUGAAUGGAAACUGGGAUAAAGUCACUUCCAAUGCUGCAUUCCAUUGGAUCUUGAAAGACCCAUCUACCCGUAUCUCCACAUUGGAGAAUAUCUUCAAAUCAAUGAAGCCCGGGGGAACGUUCUUCUUUGAGAUGUGUGGACAUGGAACUGCACCAGAAAAGCUCACGGCAUUUAUGUUUGCUCCUGUCAACCAUGGAGUCCCAAUUGAGACAGUGGAGGCUAUGUGUCCCUGGCUUUAUCCGUCAGAUGUCUAUAUGAAGAGCAUUCUAGAGAGAGUUGGGUUUCAGAUCAAGAUGAUUGAACUCAACCCACAACCAUUAGAGCUAACUACAUCUAAGAACGGUGGACUGGAAGGAUUCAUGAGACUGAUCGGAGCUCAGAUGCUGGAUCUUUUGGACAGCGAGGAGAAGAAGAACAGUGUAAUGGAGCAGAUAUGUCGAAUCCUGCGGUACAGCACCACAAGGGAAGAUGGGAGCCAAUGGAUCACAUAUGCUAGUCUAAGAUGUGUUGCUGUUAAGCCGUGA